AAGAAAGCCUCAAACAAGAGACAGAGGGGAGCGCAGAAGUCCUGCUCAAAUGUCUUCUCCAUGUUUGAGCAAUCUCAGAUACAGGAGUUCAAAGAGGCUUUUGGCUGUAUUGACCAAGACAGAGAUGGUGUUAUUAAAAAGCAGGACCUAAAGGAAACCUAUGGACAGCUGGGGAAGCUGAAUGUGAAAGACGAGGAGCUGGAUGAGAUGUUGAAUGAGGGGAAAGGUCCCAUCAACUUCACCGUGUUCCUGACUCUGUUUGGGGAGAAACUCAAUGGUACUGAUCCAGAGGACACUAUCCUCGGUGCCUUCAAACUUUUUGAUCCUAAUGGGACGGGCUUUGUUAAUAAGGAUGAGUUCAAACGAUUGCUGAUGAACCAGGCUGAUAAAUUCACAGCAGAAGAGGUGGAUCAGGCCUUCGCUCUUGCUCCCAUCGACCCCAUGGGCAACAUUGACUACAAGUCGCUCUGUUACACCAUCACACAUGGAGAUGAGAAAGAAGAAUCAUAA